AUGUCCGCCAAUGUUGACAGUCACGGAAGACUAGCAAGACAAUCGUGUAUCCAGUGCUAUACACAAAAGCGGAAAUGUAGCCGUCAGAUACCUCAAUGUGAGCUCUGCUUGAAAAAGAGCAAGCAGUGCCAGUAUUUCUCGGAGAGGCUUGAGGGUAGAUUUGAUAUCACAGCGCGUGACUCGUUGUCGUCUAAUACCUUACAGGGCGUCUCCCAUAAUUCAUUAUCAACACUCUUCUUCCUUGAGACAUGGCUGUUCCGCAAUCGUGGUCUCUCAAUGGCAACUCCUCAAGCCCGGAUACCCAUGGAAUUCUGGCAUGCUAUCCAUUCGGGGUCUGACACCUUCAGCCAGCAUUUAGAUCGAUAUUUUGCGCUGGUUCUAUGGACUAGUAUCCAGAAUGAGGACUUCCCGGAAGGAGCUACUGUGGACCCUAGUCUCGUCUUACUUAUGUUGGUAAUUCGCCUCCUAUCUACUACAGCUUCCCAAAGUCCUCCAGGAACGGGUGAAUUGUACGCUCAGGUGAAACGUUGCUAUUCGUUGAUCGAAUCUCGGGGUAUCAGCACUCCCCGGGUUUUACAGGCGGCCCUGCUCAUGGCUUACUGGGAGAUUGGAAGCGGCGUAUAUCCUGCUGCGUUUUUAUCUGUCGGUCUCUGUGCCAGAUUAGGACACGCCCUAGGGAUUCAUCGGCAGCGAGAAGCACCACAAAUGUUUCCAAAUUCAGGAUCCUGGGUGGAAAUGGAGGAACUUCGUCGUGAGCCAAGCGUGAGCCCAUCACUUGCUGUUUCAGGAGAUGUCUCAUACGCAAUAUCGUCGUUCGCACGACUUUGCCAAGCUUCUGACCUACUUUCUCGUGUUCUCCGCCAUGUUAAUGAAAAACCAUCCGAUAUACAGUAUUGGUACAAGGAAGGUAUCCGCCUUCACCAUCUUCUGGACGCUUUUGCGACCGGAUUGACUCUAGAAAGCUCGCAAAUUGAGACCAAUAGCAUUCUUAUUGGCGACACAUCUAUAUACCUAGCUGUUGGUGUCGUGUAUAGUGCCCAAAUGCUGCUUUAUGACAUGCACACGUGUGCAGACUUUGACCACCUAAGUGGUGUCGGCAUUCCGGAGCAGCUCGAAAUGCAGGCAAUUGCAUUAGCUGGCGUUAAAGUAGUGUGUACCGCUGUUUCUAACUUUGCCCGUGGAAUGAGGGCAGGGGGAGCCAGUGGAGCUGCGGGAAUGAGCCCACUUGUCAUUAAUUGUCUAUACGAGGCUGCAAAGUACUACUUCUGGUACUACCGCGAGGCGAAUAAGCCUGAACUGCUGCAUGAGAUGACUGGAAUUACCCUCGCUCUGCAAGCCAUUGCUGGUACUUGGGCUGUUGCUGGUAUGAUAGCCCUCUCCUAUUAA